AUGGGGUUUCCGGAUGAGUAUGUGAAGUGGGUUGAGGGCCUGCACCACGGGGCGGCAACGCGCAUCUGCAAUGAUGGGUGGCUCGGUGAUGAAGUCCCGGUCCAGUCCGGGGUAAGGCAGGGCUGCCCUCUUGCGCCCUACCUGUUUCUCUGCGCGGUGGAGCCUCUUUGCCAGGAGGCGCAGAGAAGGCAGCUUGGCAUGGACAUAGGAGGGGCAGGGAAGCUGACAUACCUGGGUUACGCGGAUGAUACCACCUUUCUACUGAAAGGGCGGGCACAGCUUGACGCAGCGGGGGAGCUGCUUCGUGACUUUGAACAGAUGUCGCGGCUGGCGGCGAACUGUGACAAGACGGUGGUGAUGCCUCUUGGGAAGCAGCGGGACGAGCAGCCGCCGGCGGCCUCCCCCUUCAAGUGGGCAGCGCGGGAUGAACCUGAGCGCCUGCUAGGGGUGUGGAUCACAUCAAGUGGGGAUGCGAAGCCGUCAUGGAGAAAAGCACUGCGGAGGAUGGAGACGGAGCUUAAAAAGUGGGAAGAGAAGUAUCUUACCACGACGGCGCGGGUAGCGGUGAUCAACGCGUACGUCAUGCCCAUCGCGCUUUUCCAAGCGCAGGUAGCGAGUGCAGGGCCCGGUUUCAUCCUGUGGAGUGCUGAACUGAUGCAGAUGAGGAGGAGCGACGGGGGGCUGGGGGUGAUUAACAUUCGCAAUCGGCUUGACGCGAAGGCCCUUCACUCGGCGGGCGGGCUCCUGACAGAGGAGUCCUCUCUGAGGCGUUCCCUGGCGGAGAUGGCGGCGCGUCUUCCCCUCGGUUACGCGUCAUUCUACGCGCAUGAGGCCCUGCUCAAAGCAUGGGGGGGCGGGAGCGAGCGUUGGAAGGCGAUAGCGGCGGUGGUGAUGUCGUCUCCCAUCGCCCAGGACCUGCCAAGCAACACCAGAUGGGAUGUGGAGAAGGAGCGGGUGGUUUUCAACUGGCACAUCCUGCGGGGCAAAAGCUGCCCUUUCGGAAGGAGGAAGGAGGACGAAUGCCUGCGCGACAUCACCGUGGGAGACUUGGUGAUGAAGUGGGUGGAUGGCACCCGAAGUCCCAAGUCGCCGGAGCAGCUUGCGCGCUUGCUGGGCAGUAAGGAAGCGGCGGCGCUAGCAGCGACGGUUUUUUAA